AUGAAGCAAAGUGCGGCGCUACACCUGGAGAAGGUCUGUGGACAAGCAGAUCGGGUGGUAUCUCGGCGGACGAGCCGGGAAUCAUGGACAAGCCCAGAAUCCUCCCUGCACGGCGCAGAUUCCAGCGCAACCAUCUUCAGAGUCCAACUCGGCCGCUUCAUAAAAGGUUUCAUCAACCGCUCCGAGUUUGGUUUUGCCGACGCUCCAUUCAAGAGUGGCAUGAGUCCAGGGAUGUAUCCAGCUCUACCAGCUCAGGGCAUUCCUAACGCUGGCAGUGCGAGGGGUCCAACUGAGAGCUUCUUGAUCCAGCUAAUUAGAAAGUUGACCGGGAACGGGAAAUUGUCAGGCCACCAGAAUAUAGUUCAGAAGCCCAUCAACACGCCGUUUGUUUGCCGGUUCCCAGCGCUGUGGUGUCGCGACAGGGCUGCCUCUCGAUUAGUAUGA